AUGAUAGAAAUAUUCUGGUACAAAGUAGAUCCCCAGAAAGACUCACCAUUGAAGCUUCCGUGUACCCUACUUAAUUGGCGUGGAGGCAUACAAGAAGAAACAGAAAAAAGUAAACUGGAUCUAUUGCAGAAGAUGUCAGAUGUGUUGGUAGUCUUCGUGUCAAAAGAUUUUUCGGAGAAACCCGAAACACGAGAUUUCCUUAAAGUAAAGGGAAUGAAGCCCAUUGUUGUUAUAUCCGAUCCAGAUGACAAAACAUACGUACAAUUAAAGUCCCCCAAAAAAUGCACCUAUAGUACAAUACCAAUAUCAAAUCUUGAAAAGAAAUUAUCAGAGUCCAUAGAAAAGCAUCUCUCUGGGAGGAAACUGCAUAGCCUUGACAAAUAUUUUGCAAAAUAUCCAAGUCCACAUGUUGAUGAACAAUGUGAAGAAUGUAAAACAGGGAAAAAGAUUGCCAUGAUGAUCAUUGAUCGAAUUCCGAAACACGAAAAUGGCAUGAUUUGUAAAGCAAACAUAAUCCCACUUCAAGGAGAAAAGCUCUGGAUGACAUGGAGUAAAAUUGAAAAAAAAAACAGAAAAAAAGGACAAGAUGACUUUAAUGCAGCCGAACCUCUCAUGCAUUCCAUGCAAACUGUACGUAUGGAGCAGAUUAAGGCUUGUAAUGAAGCAUCAGAAGUAGUAGCAAUGUUUGUAAAAGCUUUACUAAUGUUAUCUGACAGUGAUGAUACCCUUCUAUAUUUUGUAUUCUGGUUUAAACAGGAGUUAGAAGAAGCAUCACGUCAUAUUGUGCAAAAAUGUCAGAAAAAAGGUAUGAAAGUGCGCUCUGAUCUAAGAGCAAAUAAAUCACAUGAGAGAAAUUUGGAUGGCUUGCUUAGCAUCGAGCAUUUUCUGAGAGAAAUUGGACAAAUAUACGAAGCCUUCCUUUCUAAAAAAGCUGAAGUGGAAUUAAAGUACGAAACAGAGACAAUUCUGCUCAAGUUACCAGGUGUUGUUGCAAAGCUGUCUUAUUUAGGUCAACCAUUGGAAAUAAUGGACGGUGACGCUGGCAACGUUCCUCUUCUUUGGCUAAAGGAAGUAUUCGCUGAAAUGAGUAACAUUACAAACAAUGAAAAAAUCGCAUCAAUAUCUGUAAUUGGUGUGCAGAGUUCCGGAAAAUCAACAUUGUUGAAUACAAUGUUUGGAAUUCAGUAUCCUGUAAGUGCUGGUAGGUGUACUAGGGGCAUAUUUGCUCAAUUUAUUCCUGUCUGUAGAAAAACAAGUAAGUUCGGAUACGUAAUGGUCCUUGAUACUGAAGGGCUUCGUGCAUCAGAAAAAAUAGACGAAUCAAUAAACAGCGAUAACGAAAUUGCAGCUUUUACUGUUGGACUUUCUGACGUUUCAAUUAUAAAUAUAAAAGGGGAGUCCGAAGCAGAUAUGCGUGAUAUUUUACAAAUUGUCGUUCAUGCAUUGAUGAGGCUCAAAAAGACAGAAUCAGGUCCUGAGUAUACACAAAGCGGAAUUUUCGUUCAUCAAAAUGUAUCUGGUAUUAACAUACAUGAUAAAACAGCUGCAGGGAAUGCAGCAUUUAUGCGGCAUUUAGAUAAAAUGGCUGAAAUCGCUGCGCAAGAAGAGCAAAUACCAAACGUGAAUACCUUCACAUCAGUUGUAGACCUAAAUCCCGAAAUUGACAGAAUAUAUGUACCAAACCUUCUGAAAAACGAUGCAUCAGUGACAGCAUCUGUCUCAAAGGGAUAUUGCAGGUCUAUAGAGGACACUAAAGCUCGAAUAUUUGCUAAACUCAAAGAAAACAGGGACGUAUUCUGCAAUGCAAAAGAAAAAUAUUUAAAUAUUCGAACUUUGUGGAAGGGGAUACAGGCGGAGACAUUCAUAUUUAGCUUUCGAAAUUGCCAAGAAGCUAUCGCUAGUAGAAUAUUGGAAAGAGAAUUUAAGAAAAUAGCGUGGCAUUUUGAAGAAAAGAAGAUGGGUUGGUGGAACAAAAAUGAUAAAAAAUUAUUAGAGGCAGAAUUGGACAAUGUAGAAAACUGUGCUGAGAAAUUAAAAGAAGAUUUCUGGGAAAUGUUACGUAUGGAAAACGAAAAUGCCAAAUCUGAAAUGGAUCAAUUCAUUACCAACCAUCAAUAUGUAAAAUUUAUGGAACAUCGACGACAACGAACAUUAGAAAACUUUAUGUCUUUAUGCAAUGGUCUGAAAUGUAUAAUUGACCGAAAAAUAAAUGUAGAAAAGGCACAGCGAUUAGAGUUCUUAAAGCAAUAUCACAGAAUGAUAACAGAACAAUCGAAAAUAAAGGAAGAAGCGACCGAGUUAGCAGACAAUAUGAAAAAUACAGAAAUAAAUGAGGAGACACUCAAAGAAGAAUUUGACAAAUGGUGGAACAAAUAUGUAGACGAGAGAUGUUCGCAAUACGAAAGUUUAGACAUUAAAAGUACAAAUUUGAAAAAAGAGAUGGAGAACAUAUUACGUCAUGUGUAUGGCAUUAAUAUGACCAUUGAGAGAGAGGAAGCCAGUCAUAAAUUCCCGAAAAUGAAAAACAGCAUAAGUCGAUGUGAUAUUGCUGAAGAUUACCUUCGCGUCGUUUGCGAAAGCGAUGAGAAAUCCGAUUCUAAGCAAUUGGCAGUUAAUGUACUUAAUCUCUCAUUCGAAAAGAUUGACCGUUAUUUGGAAGCUCUAGUGGAUAAAGACUCUCGAUUUGAUGAUUUCCAUUUUAAUAUACUUCUUAAAUAUGUCAUUGAUGACGUAGAGAAACACAACAAAAUGCAUUACACAACUUUUGCAAUCACAGAAUCUUUCACAAAUAAGGUUAUUUGUCAUGUGACACAAUAUGUGUUUCCAAUUUUUUUGUCCUUAAACAUAGAGCAUGAGGAAAUGUAUGGCAUGCGAUCACAGUUAUCAAAGUGUAAAUUGAAUGCACUUAGAAUUUUCAAAUCACAAUUUCACCAAAUCGUCGAGAAACGAAACGAGGAAAAAAGACUAGAAAAAUCAGUUGAAGAGCUAAAACUGCAAUUAGAAAAGGCAAUUGACGAACAGACAAGACAGAAGCAGGAAGAAGAAAUGAAGCGAAGAAAAAAAGAAGAUGAGGAUAAGAGAAAAAGAGAGAAGGAAGAUCGUGCUUAUCUGAACAUUGAGAGUAGCACGGAUUGCAUAAUAAGUCAAUUGAAAGAAUACGCAAAUUACAGAUUUACAGAACAUCUUAGAUACAAAAUUAAAGAGGAAGUUAUCGAGCAAUUCAAAGGACAAAAACACCUAUUAAUGAAAUCUGUUUUAAUAGAUUUAGCAAAUGAAAAUUCCGGCAACAAAUACCCAAGCUACAUUUCAUCUCCAGAAACAUUUGUUUUAGAAUGGAUUACAAAUUACUCGAAACGAAUGUUUUUUGAAGACAACGAAGAUGAUAAAUCAAAAUAUGAGUUAUGUAGAGGAAACGUAGUUAUUCCAAUAGCGUCGAGCGCUUUGGGCUGUUUAUCACAGCUAAGACGUGACCAGAACGUUAAAAAUAUGAAGGAUUGGCUUGCGGGGUUUCGUGAAUUAUUGUCAGGGCAAGAUAUUAUUAUAUCCUCUGAAAGUUUAGAAGGUGCUGAAUAUGAAAUAGAAGAUUUUAACUUGUUAUGUAAUGUCCUGACAACCAAGAUGAAAGAUCUUCAAACAGAGAUGACCAACAACCAAGACCGUUCAAUUAAAUGGAAAGGAAAAACACCUUACGAAGAAAUAAUGGAACAUUUGUGGGGAUGCAAAGAAAACUGUCCCUGGUGCAAUGAACCUUGUAAAAGUUCUAUUCCGAACCACGCAGACAAACAAAAUUGUCAUGAGUGUAUACAACACCGACCGUGUUUAUCUGACAUCACUGUCUUUUUUGGUUUGGUCUUUUUUUCUUUCUGUAGUGCCACACUCUCUUCCGAUACUAACCACACUACAUCGCCUUUAUACUCUGCCUCGGCAAGAGAGACCGAGGAGAGUGCGCAGAGGUCAGAGGGUACUGACCCAGUGACAAGCGAUAAUGUGACCAGGGGUGAGGGGUCAAGUACAGAGCAGACUUCUGCUUUGAACACGUUUAUUGUUGGGUCGGACACUGGUCAGUCCAUAGAAGGGAAUCACACGGUAGUGGCCACGGCCAGAGGCGUGUUUGACCAUCAGGGAGGGGUGUUACAAUCGCCCGAGACAGGUGUUAGUAUAGUCAUUCCAAAAGGUGCAAUCCCAGACGGUGUAAAACAGGAAAUUUACUUCAAAGUCUGCAAGGAUAACAACAUUCUCCCACCAUUGGAUAAAGAUAAAUUUUUGUUUUUAGAAUUCAGUGUUCUAUAA